CUGAUGACGUUACCAACACGCCUGACUUUGCCUUGCCUUCGACCGCUGGUGUAUAUGGACAACAUUGGAGGACGCGGCUGAGAGGUGUGGAAGCGGGGGGUGGGGUGGGCGUCAUGGCUUCCUCCAUGGUCCGAGCCACCGUCCGGGCUGUGAGCAAGAGGAAGAUUCAAGCCACCCGAGCAGCCCUCACGCUGACCCCAUCUGCAGUGAAUAAGAUAAAACAACUGCUAAAAGACAAACCUGACCAUGUAGGAGUUAAAGUAGGUGUGCGCACAAGAGGUUGUAAUGGCCUUUCCUAUACACUAGAAUAUACAAAAUCAAAAGGAAAUUCCGAUGAAGAGGUAGUACAAGAUGGUGUCAGAGUGUUUAUUGAAAAGAAAGCCCAACUUACACUUUUAGGAACUGAAAUGGACUACAUAGAAAACAAACUGUCCAGUGAAUUUGUUUUCAACAACCCAAACAUCAAAGGAACGUGCGGUUGUGGAGAAAGCUUCAAUAUUUAAAUUACCAGGACUAAUUCCAUGAGUUUUAGCAAUGCAGAACUGCUUUCUAAAAGCAAUCAGUUGUCAUGUGUUUUUCACAUAUAUGGGAUUUGUAAAAUAGUGGGCUUGACACAAAAUAAAACUGCUGUGUUUUGAAAAUAUAAUCUCUGUGUUCAGUUCCCUCCCCCCCUUACUAAAGCUUAAAGUGGGAUAUAACGAAAAGUGGUUUGUUUGCAAAAAUAAAAUAAAAUACAGUGUUGCUUAAGAAUUCAUCAUUUGGUUUAUAGCAAAUCCUCCUUUUUAGGAGUCUAUUCUUAGCAGUUGUGUUAAUUCUUUACAAAAUUAAAAAAGUUUCUGAAAAAAGUUCCAUAGACUCAGAUUUUCACUUACUAUAUUUUGAAAUAGAAACAAUUAUACUUCUAUAUGUAUUAUAGGAUCUAAAUGUUGUCCAUUAUACUUUAUAACAAAAGGCAAUCACAUACCAAAAAUGUUCAGUGUUUCCUAUUUAUAUAUUGUAUAAAUCUCUGAAAAAUUAAUUUGAAUUCUGAUAGGUUGUGAGAUUAUAUAACUUGAAGUGAUUAAUCCCCUUUAAGCAAGUAAAUGCUUUUUAUACCAGAAAAGCCAAGAGUGUUUUCAGCAAUCUUGUACUGUGAAUGUAGCAAACAGUAGUAAUAGAGACUUCUGUUUGGAAAAAAACAUUAUCAUGAAAGCAACUGAAAGUGAAUUCUACAUUAUAUUUUCUAAUUGAUAGAGAAAACAUUUUCUCUAGUGUACUAAAUAAUUUUACUACCAUGCAGCAAAAUUAAAAUUGAGCACCACAGUGUUGUUAACUUACUGGUAAUUUAUGAUAUGACUUUAA